AUGUGUUCUUCAACAAGAAUCGUCUUCGCUUUCGUACUCUUCACUAUCUGCUUCGUUGCUCUGUGGUCGAAAACCGUGAAGAUAAACUCCAGCAUUUUCAUCCCAGGAACUCGAUCAUGGAAGGAGAUUGCCUCCGAAAAGAGAUGCCAGAACAUGGACAAGAUACCUAAGGAUUGGAUCUUGCCUGAAUCGGUGAUUAAGAAGAGCCACGUAACACGGAGCAUCGCCGGACAUUUCAUUGAAGAUCUUUUGGAUGAAGAGACACUAUUUAUCUCCAAACUCGAUGUCCCGGAAAUUGUGGAGCUUACAAGCAAUGGUUCCCUCACCGCGGUGAAGGUCAUUACAGCAUACUCAAAGCGAGCUGCAUAUGCACACCAACUGUCAAAUCUCCUUCUCGAAAUCGCCUUCGAUAAUGCACUUGAAAGAGCCAAGGAGCUUGACGAGUACUUCAAGAAGAAUCAAAAACCCAUCGGUCCUCUGCUUGGAAUCCCUCUCAUACUCAAAGACCAGUUCCACAUCAAAGGCCUUGAAACUUCCAUGGCAUUUGUUGGUUGGAUCGGCACUUUCGAGGGAAAGAAGGGUACCGGAAAAGAGAACAAUACAGAAAGGGAAUUGAUUAGAGAGCUCUAUAGCCUUGGCGCGAUCCCCAUCGGAAAGACUUCUCUUGUCCAGAGUAUCUCGGCUCCUGAGACGAACAACAAUAUACUUGGCUAUGCAUGGAAUCCGCAUAAUCAGCUUCUAUCCACCGGCGGAUCCUGA